CCGGUCUCCCGGGCGACGCGGGACGCUGUGCCCUGGGCCAGAGCUUGCGGGGCACACCGAGACCCCAGUCCCUAUGGCGCAGAGACCGCUCAGCACCACGGCCGCGGAACGCAUGAACUUCGUGGCCCAGGACGAGAUCUGGAGAUAUCGUCUGAAGGCUGAAACUGAAGCACGGCAAAACUGGCCCCAGAACUGGGGAUUUUUAACAACCCCCUUCGAGGAGCUGAUCAAGUGUGAGGAAGAACCCCCCACCCCGAAGCCCAAAAUUGAACUUCCUGAGCGUUUCCGCAUCCGGCCAGUCACCCCAGUGGAGAAAUACAUCAAGGUCCUCCCCUCCCCGCCAGUCCCGCAGACAACGCAGGGCUUCAUCGGCUGGAGGUCCGCGGUGCCAGGUCUGAACAAGUGGCUGGAGCACGACAACGAGAUCCGAAGCUGCAAAGGGGCGUACGCCAGGGAGCUGCACUGGCCCAAGCAGGGCGUGCACUGAGUCCAGCCCGCGCCCCGUCCUGGCGCACGAAUGGCGGGCACCGGGGACCGGGCCAGGCCAGGGGAGGGAGGAACUCACCAGCAUCCCGGAGGACACAGUCCCCUGCAAACUUGCUCAUGGGAUGUUGCAAAGAACACACAGUGUGCCUUACACGGUCUCAGUUCUGCAGCGCCUCCCUUCCAGAAUGUUCACGUACAUAACUGUUCUUGGCUAAUGUAAUGAGGAAGGCAAAAUAGAUUCUCAGUUUUGUUUUGGUUUUCUUUGAUACUUUGGGAAUUUCUAGGUAUGGCUUUUAAAAGAAAAACAAUAAUUGAUUUAAUUUUUAAAAUAUUUGUCUAGGUCCAUUAACAUGGUUUUCAAUUGUACCUAUUGCCAUCCUCACUUGCAAUGAACUUGUUGCUCGGGUAUUUCUGAAUCCAGAUAUCCCUGGGCCUGCUUUUCAGUAGGAAUAAAAUGCUUAGAGGA